GUAUUAAUUUGUAUCAUAUCCAAAACCUCCAUUUUGUUUCCCAAUCUUGUUUCUAUUAUUUCAUCUUACUAAUUUUAACACCUUGUCAACCCCCGGCACUCUUUAAAAGAGCAGAGGGUUGGAGCUUGUGGCUACAGGAAAAGGUUUCUAGCAAAGGGUUUUUAGCUUUCAGGAACGUUUCAUGUAUUUCAGUGGACACCUCUGUAUAGGGAUUUGUUAGAUGAGGAAGUUAUUCUUUUUUAGAUCAUCUGCAUCUAGCAGUGGAAAUAGCAACCCAGCCCCUCCACCAACCAGUGAAACAGUUUUCUGCGACACCCCAUGGGAAAAUGAAGUGAAAAACCAAGUGAGCGACAGGGUUCCAGGUCCUUCAGGUCUUAGAAGGAGCCUCUCAUUUUCUUCAGCUGUAUAUAGUGGUAGUCUGGGAGAGAGAAACUUAACUCGCUCAACUGAUCCAAGUAAAUCUCCUACUAGCAGCUACAUUCUGCCCCAAGACUCUGAUUUUCCAGUUCGGCGCCAUUCUCUUACUCCAGAAAAGCAACAAUCCAGGGCUGGAAGAGUUGAUGGAGAUACUAUUCGAAAGGCAUAUCGAGUGCAGAAACCUGAUUCUCCUAAUUCAUCUAAAUCUUACCUUGAAUCAUCAGGGAACUCUUCUUGUAGCUCUGAUGCAGGCCCUUUUAAAUGCGAUUCAACUCGCUUAAAUCAUGCCUCAAACAAGACACUAGACCUUUACAUUGAUGGUGAACAGCAGCAGGAAAGGAACUUGAAUACAAAGAAUAGUUUGUCUCAAAGAAACCUUAUAUAUAAUGGUAAUGGAGGUAGUGGGCUUCCCCCUCGAGUUCAGCCCUCAGCACCACCUUCACCAACAGAUAGUAGUAAAGUGAGUGCCAGAUCUUACUCGUUUGGGGAAAUGAGGGAGACAAACAUUAGCCAUUCUACCAGAGGGUGGAAGAGAAAUGACUUUGGAGCUGAACCUCCACAGAAAAAUGUAAAGAAUGCCAUUGAGAGACUCCGUAAAUUAUCCCCCCAGAAACUGAAGACAACUUCCAGGGAUCUCAACCCUGACACUCCAACUACAGUUGAAGAUAUUUUUGACUACUACUUAGAUGCACAUGUGCAUCCAAUCUCGGAUGGGGUUUUGUCAAAAUGUUGCAUGUCAGAUGGUUCUUAUGGAUCCAUGAAGGGAUUCCAUAGGGAGGAAAGCUCUGGCAUUCAGGAACAUAACUGUUUUGUUGGUAAUGCUCCAGGAGGCCUGCACUCGGUGCAAACAGAAGAGUACAUUGAUGAUAAGGAAUUACAUAGGAAAGCAAAGGAAGCUGCAGAAAGGGUGUUGCUUCUUUCAGAAGAGGUUGAAAAUGAAACCCUUCUUCGAGAUAGUGGAUUUGGAUUCAGUAUAUCAACAAUCUUCCAGAAAAUUAAAACCCUCACUGAGGAGAGGAGAAACUUGGCUGUUGAGGUCUCGGCCCAGUUACAGAGUCGUAUUGCUGAAAGGGUCUCUACCCAUGAUGCCCUAAAAGUGUCGAAGGGUGAAUUGGACUGCCGAACCCGUCAACUGGAGAAGGAGAAGAAAGAGUUACAGUCGAGAUUAGACAAAGAGUUAGACAGAAGAUCAAGAGACUGGUCCAUUAAGCUUGAAAAGUGCCAAUCAGAAGAGCAGAGGCUCCGGGAGAGGGUAAGGGAGCUAGCAGAGCAAAAUGUCUCCCUCCAAAGAGAGGUAUCUGCCCUUAAUGGCAAAGACAUGGAGAGCAAAAGCCGGAUAACAGAUUCUGAGAUUCAACUGAAGGAACUUAUGAUUAGGGUGGAAGAAGCAAGAGGGGAGAAUGAGGAUCUAAGGCAGACUCUGUUAGAGCUACAAGAGCGUGUGCAAGCAGCUGAAGCAGAUCGGGAUUGCAUUCACAGAAGCUACAGAGAUAAAGAGAAGGAAAACAAGGAGUUGCAAAAGGCUGUUACAAGGUUACAGAGGACCUACAGUGAACAAGAGAAGACAAUUGGUGGGUUGCGACAAGGACUUGUUGAGGAAAUUGAAAGGAAGCAGUCAUCACAUACGUUUGACAAUCAUUUUGGUAAAUUGCAGAUGGAACAAGUAAGAUUAACAGGGGUGGAACAGUCUUUAAGAAGAGAGGUGGAAUCUUACCGACUUGAAGUUGAGUCCCUUCGGCAUGAGAAUAUUAAUUUGUUGGACCGCCUAAGGGCCACUACAAAUGAUGGUGGGUCUUUAUACUUCAAACUAGAUCAGGAGCUGUUGGCCCGGGUUGAAUGCUUACAGAAGCAAGGGCUGUCAUUGCUCAAUGAAUGCAGCCAGUUAUGUGUGAAGUUAUUGGAAUUCAUCAAGGGGAAAGCAGGCAAGUCUUCAGAAGCAGUAUCAGACCCUGAACAGGGUCAAAUAUCUAAGAGUGGAGUAGAUGUGUACUUUGUUGUGGAGUCAGAUAUGAAAGUCCAGAGUUUUAAGAGGGCAUUCGAAAAUAUGACAAGAAGUCUGCAGACCAUAUCUGAAGUCUUGCAUGAGAAGUCCAACCCAAUGGCUCUCAAAUCUCAGUCACAGUGCAGGGAGGGUGGUGGGUAUGGAAAUGGUUGGGCCCUUGAGGGUGAUAUUGAAUUCAAGCUCAAGGCAGAAACUCUACUAACAAGUGUGUUGAGAGAAAAGUUGUAUUCAAAGGAACAGGAAAAUGAGCAAUUACAAACUGAGGUGGCAACAGUGGUACGGGGUCACGAGAUCCUUAGAUGUGAAGUCCAAUCUGCUCUAGAUGCCUUUUCUAGUGUGACCCACAAGAUGAAGGAACUUGAAAUUAAGAUGCUAAGGAAGGAUGAGAGCAUAAACCAGCUUAAAUGUGACUUGCAAGAAUGCACAAAGGAGUUGACAAUUACAAAGGGAAUAUUGCCAAAAGUUACCGAGGAGCGAGACUUGAUGUGGGAGGAAGUGAAACAAUAUAGUGAGAAGAAUAUGUUGUUAAAUUCUGAAGUUAACUUGUUGAAGAAGAAGAUAGAAGCUCUUGAUGAAGACAUUCUUCUGAAAGAGGGCCAGAUCACAAUCCUGAAAGACAGUCUUGGCAGCAAAUCAUUUGACCUCCUCUAUAGUCCUAAUUCUAUGAAAGAGUUCAUAAUUGAAUGAACUGUGGAAGUGUUUCUAAAAUCUAUGCAUUUUG